AUUUCGAAAUUUUUGAGAAGACCGUUUGCUCCCUACUCGCUCGCUCGCUGCAUCGUCGUCCUCGAUUUCUCUUUCUGCGAAUUUGAUCAAUCGCGCAGCAAAGAUCCAUCGCCGUCGUCGCUGUUCCGUAGUAGAGAUCAUCAGUUUUCCAUAACCGUUUCGAUGCUCCAAUCGCCGUUUUCGAGACCCGGUUAAGAUACUGUCGAAGCCUCUCGAAAUUUUCUAAUCGUACAGCUGAGAACCGGCGUUGUUAAAGAAUGCUUCAAUGGAUGGGAGGAUCGAGGCGGAAAGUAGCCGCUUCGCAUACAUCGGUGAAGAAGAGGCAAAAACAAUACUUUGAGCAGAGGAGACGGCAACAGCAUCAGUUCACGGCUGGGUCUGGGAGCUGUAGUAAUGAUAGAAACAGUAGUAAUCAACACCAAUCUUUGGAUAUUCUCAAUUUCAUCAACUUGUCAACUCCUGCUACUCCUGAAUGCAAACCUUCUCGUCCAGAAGAUGUGAAAGAAGUAGUGGAAGAUCGGGAUGCUAGUUUCUACAGUCUGAAGGACAACAUUACAGGAGUAGGAAGUUCAUUUAACAAUAAAGCAGAAACUAGUUCCUCAAAGAGGAUUUCGCUUAGUCUCCCUGACAACCAGACAAAUGAUUUUAAGAAAGCGAACACAACAGCGGAUCUGAUGGGCGGCACAGAGCGGAAGUUAUCCGUCUUUGAUUUGGUUGGUGAUGAUCACACAACAACCAAUCGGAAAGAAUGUUCUCCAUCUGAGCCUCACAUGGCAUUUUCAGUUGAAGGUUUAGGUAAAAUAAACACGGAAACUCCGCCUAAUUCUCCACAACCAUCAAGCAGAAACUUUUCGUACGGGUGCUCCUCUCCAUGGAAUGAUUCCGGUCAACCGACAUCAAACGUCAGGGAAAGGCUCAGCGACUUUGAGAAGGAAAGGGACAUCAUUGAAAGUAGCAAAAUGUUCCAAGAUGACAAACAUUAUAGGUCUCCCAUCGACAUACAAGCUACAUAUGGGGGCAGAAGUCAAAAACUGCGCACUUCCACUGAUCACUUGCACAAACCAUAUAUCAGCGACUCAAGAGGCUACUUAUGUGACACUGCAGAUUUCAACAAAAGCAGGGUAUUUGAUGAAAACGAGUGGAAUGCUAAACCCACCUUUCUAGAUGACGGGGUGGGCAGAUUUUACUGGAAGGACCAACAGCCACGUCAAGAGAACCGUAAUUUCAACAAUUAUGGAAGGCAUUACACUGGGAGCCGCUCUUCUGCAGAACACCAUGCUACAAAGAAGAGGGAUUACCUGGAAACGACCUGGAGGUCCAACAUCGAAGGUUCACCAGUUCGAAGACCACAGCGUCUAGAAAGGGCCAUCGAUCAUCCGAGUUUUGAAAAGGAAACAACCCUCGACUUUAACUUUGACAAAGUAUUUGACCCACCGGUUUGGUCAUCCGUUGUACUUGAGGAAGACAAAGACAGCCAUAGCUUGCGUAGUGAAGAAUCUUGCUCGUCUAGUGCAGUUUGGGCCAAUGAAACCUCCAUUUCACAUGAGACCAAUACAAGACAGAGGAAAGGGGAAACUGAUUCUUUUUGCAACCUGGGAAACAAGAAGUAUUUGAAUAAUGGCCUUUCCUAUGAAUCUUGGGAAGACUGGGAUGUGGAUGAUCAACAACUGAAGAGAAAAGUUGGGUCUGGAAAGCAGGUCAGACUAUCAAACCCAGGAAUGUUGAGAUCUACCAGUCAGAGAGACUCCUCUUCCCGUGGUGGUCUCGACGCCCCUUACAAUUGGUUUGCAGAAGGAUUUACAGCUGCAGGCAUAAGCUCAGAUAUUACAACCGAGAGAGACAAACCAUAUCCUUUCCUAAACCCCGUUGUUGGUAGCUCGCACCGGCGUCAAUCUCGAGCCCCUGAUUCUAUUCCGGAAACAUGGGUCCCUAAGUAUUCAGCAGAAGGCAGUGGAUAUGGUGAUGAUGAACACAACUACAUGAACUGUGUAUCAGCAAACCAUAAAUCUAAACUAGCAGGAGACGUAUGCAGUUUUGGGAGUGAUACGUUAUCAGAGAACGAUAAUGAACAAAGCAAAGAAGUGAAUGAUCCAAAAAAUCAGGGAGAUGAGACCUCAUCAUCCGUUGCAAAGAGCCUCUCAGACGAAAAUGAGUAUGUACGAUGUAACCCGAACAAGGAGGUUGUGAAAGCUCGGCAUCAAGGAAACAGAGGUGGAGAAAAGACAAGUAGAGACUCGCACCAACAAAUGAUAAUGCUGGAAAGACGCACGCUUCAAUUCGUUUGUUUAAACAAGACAUUGCUCCUUGACUCUUUAAAAACUUAGGUAAGAAUUUCAUACUAGUAUUCUUGUGUCUUUUAUUUCAAGUUAUCUCGAAAACUGAAAUACGUAAAUAAAAGUUCAUGUUGCUUGGGGAUAAGGGAAUGUGCAAAUUUGGUAUAUUUUUAGUUGAGGGGUUACACAGAUGUAAAAAUCAACAAUAUGUUGCCUGUACAGGCGUUUAGUGUUUGCGUUUGCACCUACUCUU